AGUCAUGUUUGCAGAAGAAACCUGAGCAACUAGUUCGGGGGAAGCAACCUUGGAGAAGGUCCUUGGCUGAUCUCAGUGGGUCGAUGAGUUCUCUGGUGUAUCCCGGACUGAAGGAACGGGAAGCAGUCACAAUGAGGCACUAUGGAGACUCGGUAACUCGCAGCAGGGCUCCCGGUGGCAGCAAUGGACAGUUUCACUCAGGGCUGAUCGCCUCUUCAUGUGGAGUCCAGCAGCAGCAGUUCAACCUGCACAGCCCGCAGCUGCUGGCCAGCUUGCAGCUGCAGAAACUCAACAGCCAGUACCACGGCUCAGCUCUGCACAUUACUGCAACCCCUGGGGGUAGCCAGGCACCGGCUGCUCCUCAGCCCCCAGCCCAGACGGUCCCGGCCUCCCACCCCCCAGGUAUCAUUGAUACGGACCUCAUCGAUGAGGACGUACUUAUGACCCUGGUGCUGGAUUUGGGCUUGGACCAAGUGGACGAACUACCUGAACUCUGGCUGGGACACAAUGAGUUUGAUUUCACCUCUGAUGUGACUCCGACCUGCUGACAGUGAGCCAGCCUGGCCAGCUGCUAGUUAUAUAUGUAUGAACCUAUCUGAUCCCAACUGAUUAAAACAGAUCUGAACUGGGCCGAAGUGAACUGAUCUGAGAAUGAUAGCAUUCAGUUCCCUAUUUACAAGCUGUACCAAUACUGUAUACUCAGAUAGUGGACUGGCUUUCUUUUCGCAAAGUGUUAUGUCAUAGAAAUGUCAUCUCUCAAGGAAAGAUUUCCACAUUGACCGAGUUGCAGAGUCGAUGAAGGAGCUUGCUUGCAGUGCUGUAGGACACCAUCAAGAUAUGUUUGACACAAACGGAGCUGGCACUUGAAAUCCUAAUUUCUUGGAAACACAAAAGGAUCUAUGAUCCUGUUUGAUGUGCCUUAAAAAGUUGGCAACAUUCUUGUUUUUUUUUCACCUGGGAGCUGGAGAUGGUUAACCAGAACCAUAGACAUUCCCUUAAAGUUACACCAGCCAUAUCCCACUCUCUUGUUUUUCAUUUAGAUGGCAAAUUUGAGAUACUCAGCUCUGCAGGAAACACACUAAUCCUCUGUGGACAAAAUUGGAAAAUGCCAGAUUGCUUUAUUGGACUGCUGAAUUUGCUGUAUUUAAUUUGGGACUGGGAUGGGCAGUGGCCUAAGGAUUUUGUCUCACCAGUCCACACUACCAUACAUCACAUGCCAGAUGUUUUAUUUAACUUGAACAACCAAGUUGACAUAAAUUUGAUGUAGUUCCUUUUGGAUUGCAUAAGCAUCUCUGCAAAAUAGCAUCAUGUCCUGACCUAUAGGGAGAAAAGGGCCAAAGCUUCUCCGUCAGGAUGCUCGUAGUCUUCCAGAUCUAGUCCAUUGCCCUCCUUACCUUAUCAGUUGUGUAAAAACUGAUUAAAGAAACACAAAAGAAAAAUAUAUAAAAAACUACCAAAUACAGCUGGAAGCUUGCUAUUCAGGAUGAAAGCAGAGGGACAGCAGUGGCCAUAUCCCAUGAAAAACACUGUUGAGCAUUCAGUCUUCCUCCCAGUUUAUGUCCACAGCCUAUGGUUUGUCUCCCAUAUCUAUGGCCGAAGUAGUUUCAGCUUACUUCAGAGUUGUGGUGUUUACAUAACUCAUAUAUAUGUUAUAUAUGGUUUAUAUAUACGUAUUAUAUGUAGCAAUGGUAGUACUGAUAGUGCUAUGUUCCUGGUUUGUAAGGGGAGGUACGAAGGGACACUUCUCCCCAACAGGACAGAGAAAUCAGAAUGCCUGUCACUCACUGUGGACAACUCUUGUGCUCCUAGUGGCCAGUUUCAGGUUGAUACUGGCAGAAUCCUGAGGAGUCACCUGGCUCCUUUCCCCAUUCCUGAGCUGGGCUAUUGUACGAUAGACAAAGUCCCAAUGGUAGAAAACAUAUUUUCUAAUUUAAGAUAUUAGACCCACACUAUUAGACAUUUAGAUCCCACUAGGUAGUAAAAUAAUCAAAGUAAUGUGGAGGUAGGACAUGGAUUUGCAAUGCAGUUCAAUGCACAGUAAGUUCUAACACUCAGUAGUAAGUAGUAUGUCAUAAAUGAUCAGCUGUCCUUAUAUACUAACAGGCAGCUUGAUGUUCAUUCUUGAUCAUGUGCAACUUAGAAUUAUCA